UUUUGUCUCCUAAAUUUAACAAACUCACUGCCACACAUUAAUACACAUGGUUUCCAUUAUUCACUUACUACCAAAAAUGAUGAAUUAUAGCAAGUUGAAUAAUCAUCACUCAAAUGUCCCCCAAUAACACCUUGCCUAGAUUUCUGCCUCAUGUUGUCCUGUAUCAAUUGUUUGUGCACGACCAUAAAUUCCUCAAACCUCAACUUAGACAAUCCUACCGCCAUAGGAUUAAUCAAAUUACAAUGUUAUGGAAUUGUUGGCCUAAAAUAUAACAAACCAAUCGAGAAUUUAGGGAGACCCACAUUGUCAUCACAUGCACAUAUAAUACUCAAAAUCAAAUUAUUGGCUUUGUUCACCUUCAAAUUCUAAUUCUCUUAUACCAUAUUCCUAUAUAAAUAGAUGGAAGAAACACUAAUUCACAAACAACCAUCCAUUAAUCCUUGUGUUAGUUCAUCUUUCUGUGUAAACAAAAAAAAAAUGGAAACAAUUUCUAUGUUACCAUCUACUCAUCAACCUGUAAGGUCAAUUAGUUUACCUACUAGAAUUCACCCAUCUUCACAAAGAAUUGAUGCAUUAUUAAACCAUUUUAAACCACAAAUCUCUUCUCAAUCUGUUUCAAGAAUAUUUUCUUUUGAAGCGGAUACAAUUCAGAGUGAUUUAGUUGUUCUCGCAGAGUUAUACAAUUGCAUGGAGGAACUCUUUCAUUCUCAACAAACGCAACAAGCUCUUUUGCACUAUCAGAAUGGAAAACUAGUGGAAGAUUCAUUAGGUGGCUCAGUCACACUUUUAGAUGCAUGUAGUUCAUCAAGGGAGUUACUCUUGAAUCUUAAACAACAUGUUCACACAAUUCAAUCUGCUAUACGUAGAAGAAGAGGAAAUUCAUCAUCAAGCGUUGAAAGAAGCAUUGAUGAAUAUGAUUGCUUUAGAAAGAAAGCGAAGAAGGAAAUUUCAAAGCAGCUUUGUGAAAUGAAGAGAAUGGAAAACAAAGUUAAGGUUUUUUCUUUAAUGGGUCAAGAUCAAAAUAUGAUAUUUUUAGCAGGAGUUUUAAGAGAAACAAGUAUGAUUACAAUAUCAAUAUUUCGUUCUCUUUUGUUAUUCAUAUCAACACCAAUAAUUAGAACAACAAAAGGAUCAUCCUUGAUCUCAAAGCUUAAUCCAACAAGAUUGUUUUCUUCCGAGAAGGAGCAGAAGAACACUGAUUUCGCAGGCUUCUUAAGUGUGUUGGAGAAAUUGAACGAUAAUGUUUGUGAUCUUGAAGGUGGAUUGGAUUGCAUAUUUAGAUGUUUAGUAAGAAAUAGAGUUUCUUUUCUUAAUAUGCUUGCUCAUUAAUUAGAAGAAUGAUGAGUAAACUAUAAAUCAGUAUCCAAGUUUGUAACUAUUAACAAGACUAUCAGACUGAUAAUGUAAUCCGAAUUUUAU